CCACGGCCACCACAGCCCUUUCCCCCACCACCCUGAGCUUGGGAGCACUACUAGGGGUGUUGACAAUGGGCCAUCUCUCCCGCUCGCUCUCUGGCUCCUGGGCUGGUUGCUAGCGGGGCCAGGCCAGGCCAGCUCCUCUGGCAGCAGAGCCUGGGCAGGUGACGGGCGGGUGUCGCAGCUGAGGGAGCCAGAGGCGCCUGGGGACCAGAGCUGGAAGCUUAAAGUCAGAGCCCAAGAGACUAAGGAGCCACCCCUCAAGCCGUCCGCCAUGGGGGAGAUGGAACAGUUGCGGCAGGAAGCGGAGCAGCUCAAGAAGCAGAUCGCAGAUGCCAGGAAAGCCUGUGCCGACACUACCCUGGCAGAGCUGGUGUCUGGCCUCGAAGUCGUGGGACGCGUGCAGAUGCGGACACGGCGGACCUUAAGGGGACACCUGGCCAAGAUCUACGCCAUGCACUGGGCCACCGACUCUAAGCUGUUAGUAAGCGCCUCGCAAGAUGGGAAGCUGAUUGUGUGGGACACAUACACCACCAACAAGGUCCACGCCAUCCCGCUGCGCUCCUCCUGGGUCAUGACCUGUGCCUACGCCCCGUCAGGGAACUUCGUGGCCUGUGGGGGGCUGGACAACAUGUGUUCCAUCUACAGCCUCAAAUCCCGGGAGGGCAACGUCAAGGUCAGCCGGGAGCUGUCGGCUCACACAGGUUAUCUCUCCUGCUGCCGUUUCCUGGACGACAACAACAUCGUGACCAGCUCCGGGGACACCACGUGUGCCCUGUGGGACAUCGAGACUGGGCAGCAGAAGACUGUGUUUGUGGGGCACACGGGGGACUGCAUGAGCCUGGCCGUGUCCCCCGACUUCAGACUCUUCAUCUCGGGGGCCUGCGACGCCAGCGCCAAGCUCUGGGACGUGCGGGAGGGGACCUGCCGGCAGACUUUCACUGGCCACGAAUCAGACAUCAACGCUAUCUGCUUCUUCCCCAACGGAGAGGCCAUCUGCACGGGCUCAGAUGAUGCCUCCUGCCGCCUGUUUGACUUGCGGGCCGACCAGGAGCUGACCACCUAUGCCCACGAGAGCAUCAUCUGCGGCAUCACGUCCGUGGCCUUCUCGCUCAGCGGCCGCCUGCUCUUCGCGGGCUACGACGACUUCAACUGCAACGUGUGGGACUCCAUGAAGUGCGAGCGCGUGGGCAUCCUUUCUGGCCACGACAACAGGGUCAGCUGCCUGGGGGUCACAGCUGAUGGGAUGGCUGUGGCCACCGGUUCCUGGGACAGCUUCCUCAAAAUCUGGAACUGAGGAGGCUGGACGAGGGGAUGUAAAAGGCCACGAAGACACUCAUUCAGCUGCCCCUCUCCUGCCCAGUUUAAGGUUUCUUUGAGCUUUUCUCUUCUACACCCCAGCUUUCCCCCUUUGAGGGCAGUGGGGAGUAUGGGGAGCAUGCCUUUGGGAGGCAGCAUCAGGGACUCAUUAUGGGCGGGGAACUGCCCCAUCUCCUCCCAGGCCUCCCCUCUCCAUGGUUCUGACAGCUUCUCCCUUCGUGAGCAAGGACAAUGGACCCCCACCCCUCCCUAACCCUAACUUGGCAGGCCUAGCAGGCUUCGUGUCUGAGGCCACAGGCCCUAGGAUUCCUCCCCCAGAGCUACCACCUUUGUCUAGACCUGGUUGGCACAGGGUGCUCGGCCCUGUGACUGGCUCUGACACAACUAGGGUCCUGGCCCCCAUGCUUUCUCCUUUGUCUGCCUUCUUGCCUCUCCUCAAGCACCUGCAAUAAAGUGUAGCGCCUUGUA